AUGGGUGAUCCGUGUCAAGCUUGUCUUACAAGAGUACCCCAUGCUACUUUAAUAGCCACUAUAAUGUGCUGCUUGGGCGUGGGGGUGUUUUGUGGAACGAUGUACCGAGGUUCAGCGCUGUCUAUAUUAAUGUUUGAUGAAGUUUUUCACUUUCGCCUAAUAUGGAUCGAGGCUCUACAAAUGAUAUUUAUAGUUGGGAGUGCUUGUAUGGCCGCUUUAGGAUUCAUGCUCCUCUGUUUAGGAUGCCUUACCACAGGUGCCACGAGACAAAGAGUUUAUCGAGCUUGGCGAGCUAGAGUCGGCGGAAGGAUCUCUUGCGCAAUAUUCAUGAUAAUAACCUACAUAUUGACAUUUACUUGGAUCAUAUUGCUGGGUUUCCUUGUGAUAACUACAUUCUUAUUUACAAUAUUUUGGAAUCUAUGUUCUAAACCAGGAAACAUUGAAUUAUCAACUUGCAUAGAUUUUACACAGUUUGAUUUCCUGUUUCCCGCUUCUGUUAAACAAGAAGAUAUGAAAAUCUGUGAAGCUCACAAAAUGAAACUAUUUUGCAAGGACUAUGUUGAGAAAGCUGAAUUUAUGUUUAUUCUUGCUAUGGUGUCAUGCCUUCUUGUUAUUCUGAGUUUGGUACACUAUUUAAUGUGUUUAUCUGCAAACUAUGCACACAUAAGGGAUCAUGAGAAAUUCCAGGAGUUACAAGAAUUGCAAUACCUCACAAACCCAAACCUACAUGCCUCUAAAGACAGAUUCUAG